CUCAUCCGGAAGAGUGCGAUAGGGCUAGAAUACCGGCAAUUCAACCAUGAGAAUUAACCCCUCAUCCGUUUCUGUUCCUUGCCGGUAGUAUUUAUGGCAAAAUGGGAUAUGCGGAUUAGAGGUAGUAGACAUGUUAAGCCCACGUGGCUAAAGUAUAGAUACAUUUCAUUCCCUUCUGCAGCUCCAUCUCACUGCGUGUUCUGUUUCCUGGUAACUAGGUCGUCGUCGUUCGGCAUACAUACGACGUUGUGUGGCUUUCUGAGACUUGGCGGUGAUUAUACUACCUUGUGCAGCUACUCCCCCUAGUAACUCAUAAAUCAAGAUGCCUUCAGUCGCGACGAACGGCACUAAUGGAACGAAUGGCACGAAAGGCCUUCCGGAUUUCCAAUUCUUCAAUAUAAUCGACGGCAAGCGCCGCACCUCCAAGGACCAUCACCAGGUCACCGACCCUCGCACCGAAGAGCCUCUCUGGGAUGCCCCUAUCGCAUCGACCAAGGACCUCGACGAUGCCGUCGAAGCUGCAAACCGCGCCUUCAAGACAUGGAAGAACAGUACAACAGCUGAGCGCCAAAAGGCUGUUCACGACGUAGCCAACGUAAUUCUCGAGAACGUCGAUAUCCUAACGGAAGCCCAGAUGAAGGAAACCGGCAAAUCGAGGCCCAUGUCUAGAUUCGACGUCGAAAGAGCCGCCUGGCACUUCGAGUACUACCGCACCGUAGCCCUCGAAGACGAGCUCCAAUACGAAGACGACACGAUCCGGAUCAUCGCAACACACGCGCCGAUCGGGGUCCUCGGCGCCAUCUCACCCUGGAACUUCCCCCUAAUCCUUUCAACCGUGAAGGUCGUCUCGGCCCUCGCAACCGGCAACUGCGUAAUCAUCAAGCCCUCGCCCUUCACCCCCUACUCCCUCCUCAAGUUCUGCGAGCUCGCCCAAUCGGUGCUCCCGCCCGGCGUCUUCCAAGCGCUAAACGGCGGCGCCGACCUCGGCGAGCAGAUGACGCUGCACGCGGGGAUCCACCACAUCAGCUUCACGGGCACCAUCGCCGUCGGCCAGCGCAUCCUGCGGAACUGCGCCGGCACGCUCAAAAAGGUGAUCCUCGAGCUCGCGGGCAACAACGCGUGCAUCGUGUGCGACGACGUCGACCUCGACAAAGUCGUCCCGCAAGUCGCCACCGGCGCGCUCUUCCACGCCGGCCAGGUCUGCGUCGCCUCUAAGCGCUUGUAUAUCCACGAAAGCAUCUACGACCGCUUCCUCGAGCGGCUGAUUGAAGAGAGCAAGAAGUUCGCUGUCGAUGAUGACGAGAGCGUGUCUUUUGGCCCGUUGUCGAAUAAGGCGAAUUACGACCGCGCCGUGGGCAUUGUGGAGGAUUGUAAGAGGAAUGGGUAUAAGAUCGUUACGGGCGGCGAGGUUAAGCCUAGGGAGAAGGGGUUUUGGAUCCCCCCGACGAUUGUGGUGAGGCCGCCUGAGGACGCGCUGGUGGUUAGGGAGGAGCAGUUUGCCCCUAUUGUCCCCGUCAUGUCCUGGGCGGAAGAAGACGACGUCAUCGCCCGCGCAAAUAUCGACAAUGCCGGGCUCGGCGCCUCUGUGUACACGCCGGAUUUAGACCGCGCUCAGAAAAUCGCACGCCAGCUCGAGUCCGGGACGGUUUGGAUCAACCAGUUUGAGCGCCCUCACCACGCCGGGUUCUUCGGAGGCUGGAAGCUCAGCGGGUUUGGUGGGGAGCUUGGGAAGCAGGGUCUUUUGCACUACUGCCAUACGCAGAGUUUGCAGAUCGCUAAGUAGUUGAUAUAGACGUGAGUAAGCUAUAACCUAGGCAUAGAAGAUUUACAUGGUGGUUUGCUUGAUUUUGUUUACAGUUAUUUCGGUUUACGUCGUAUAGAGGAGGCUCGGGGUUUCUGUAAUUAUAUCAUGCUUCAAUAUCAAAUAAAGAGCACACAUCGUUAGACAUGACACUACUAGGUAUUUU